AUGUUUCAUACAAUUCAACGACAAUUAAAAAUAUUUCUCCUAAUUACAUGUUACUGUUUCAAUUUCACAAUUGGAGGUCCUGAUCAACUUCGUUUAUUAAACUAUCUAUUUGCUGAUAAUCGAUACCAACCAAUUGCACGACCUGUUCAAAAUGAUUCUGAUACAUUACCUGUUACUAUAAAUUUUGCUUUACAACAUAUCAUUGAUUUUGAUGAAAAGAACGAAGCUAUUGUCAUUAAUGGCUGGAUGACUAUCAAGUGGAAUGAUUAUAGUUUAAGAUGGAAACCAGAAGAGUUUGGUAAUAUUCAAACACUACGAAUACCAAGUACACAAAUUUGGACACCAGAUAUUUUCCUAUACAAUAGUGCCGAUGAAAAGUUUGAUACUAUAGUGAAAGUCAAUGCCGUUGUGCAAUAUGAUGGCAAUAUACUAUGGGUUCCGCCCGUAUCAUGCAAAGCAAUUUGUUCAUUUAAUAUUGCUGCAUUUCCAUUUCUGAAAUUUGGAUCUUGGACACAUGAUGAUGCUGGAGUCAAUCUGAGAGCAGCAAGUAGCAAAGGUCAAUUAGAUGCAUAUGUCAAAAGUGAUGAAUGGGAUCUCGAAGAUUUCUCUGCAACGAAUAAUCGCAGCCGAUACGAAUGUUGUCCAAGUAUGUACCCAUAUGUACUAUACACUAUCCGAAUACGUCGACGUUCUCUUUAUUACCUUACAAAUAUCGUCAUACCUUGUUUUCUUAUCAGUUGUAUGACAAUAUUUGGAUUUUUAUUAUCACCAGAUAGUGGUGAAAAAUUAACGUUACAUAUAACAACUCUUCUAACUGUUGUUAUGUUCAGUUUACUUCUAUCAGAAAUUCUGCCACCAAGUUCAAAUGCUAUACCGAUUAUUACUGCUUAUUUUAUGUGUAUUAUGAUUAUGUCAGCGGUUUCAGUUGUUGCAUCAGUAUUAAUAUUAUCAGUUCAUUUUCGAAACUCUAAAAAUCAUACAAUGUCAUUAUGGGUUCGUAAAUAUAUUUGUAACUAUUUGGCAUGGCUAUUAUUUAUGAAGCGUCCUAAUCAUGAUUUAAGUUGGCAUGGAAUUCGUCGUCGUCAAUGGACUUCUCUAAAACAAGAAUCGAAUAAUAGAAAUAAAUUGUUCGAUAAUCAUUAUUCUAAGAUUUCUUCUGAACCAUUGUUGAAUAAUACAUUCGAGUUGUUAUCAACUAAUCGUAUAAAUGUUGACAAGAGACCUUUGAAAUUAUUAGAUAAUCGAGAAAAACAACGCUCAGAUUUGUUAUUAGAAUUUACCGUACCUCCAACAAGGAAAAUUUACAGUUCUCAUCAUCAUCAGAAUACAUCGAAAGAAUUGUAUACAUGUGAUAUGACAAUGAUUCGUUCUGAACUAGGUGUUAUUAUUUCUCAACUUGAUAUUCUUAUUAAUUAUUCUCGAAAAAAAGAAAAAGAUGAUGAUAAAUCUCAAGACUGGCAAUUUGUGGCAAUGGUCAUCGAUCGUCUUUGUCUAGUGAUUUUUGCUAUAAUCAUGCUUAUUUUUACUGUACUUACUUUUCUCAGCAUUUAA